CAGUGAAAACAAUAACACCAAAUCAGUCAGUGAUAGGGGAUCAGUUGCUUCAGCAGAGACAGUCCCGAGCCCACCGCCCCGAAAACGGCCUCGUUAUCAGAAACCAAGAUUAGCAUCAAUUCGUGCAUUAUGUCGAGAGGGGAUGCUCGAGAGAAUACAAGCACUGGGCAAAAUAGCUGCGCAGAGAAAAAGACAAUUCACUUAUAAAGCGUCCACACCGACCGAUGAACAGUUACGGGAAGCAUACACCUCAUUCUCAAUGUGUGACAACAGACCCAAGCAAUACACAGAAGCUGCUAGAUUACACGAGUUGGUGACGAAAAGUGCCUUGACUGUUAGAAAGCAGGCUAGCGUUCUCCGCAUGGGUGUGGGCACAUGGAAGACGUGUAAGAAGCAGGUGGCGAGAAUGGCUGAAGUAGUAAAGUAUUGCGGAAUUGAUUUGGAUGAAGAGAUUCCGCCAAAGACAUUUUGGAGAGUAGCUCCAGUUAAGUUAUAUACGGUGAUAUUUGCUUAUUUACGUAAAUGUCUUCAGGAUAGAACAGUGGCAAGCAUAGAUGACGAAUUUGAUAUGUACAAGACAACAAAUAGUAGUGAUGAGGAGGAAGAAGAGAAGAAGCCAUAUUUCAAAACGAGCGGAAGAGGAUAG